GAUCUCGUUUGAUAUGACGUCCUAUCGGGAAGAUUCGAAUAUUAGCUCGAUUGACAGCGCGAAGAGGCCCAAGCUUCAACGAGCGUGCGACCUCUGUCGCAAGAAGAAGAGCGAUGGCACGGAAUCGCCCAAUGGCCGCUGCGCCAAGUGCACCUCUUACGGCGUAAACUGCACUUACGUAGAUGUCAAUAUGCGACCCCCUACGAAGAGCUAUGUCGAGAUUCUCGAGAGCCGACUUCAGAAGAUGGAGGAACUCGUCGAUAAGCUGCAACCUCGAACGCGCACAUCCCCUCGAGAAGCGACCGCUACGCGUGGUAUCUCGCCUCCCUCAUUCCCCGACAGUACCACGCAAAGCAGCCCAGCGGUCGCUGUCGCUCCGCCUGUCUUCAACGACCCCUCUCCCGCCGAUUCGGACGACCUCGACUCAAGCGAUGACGAGAUGGAAUCGUGGAACAAGUUGUUGCACAGCUUCCGCAAAGUCUCUCUGCGCCCCGACACUCAGCGAUACCAUGGCAAGUCGAGCAGCAUGCUCCUGCUACAGACCGCUGUCGACACGAGAUUUGAGUACACGGGCGCCGGGCCACAUUCGUGGGACCCAGAGCCCAGUACUGACCCUCCGCACACGGAGUUCCCGCCCAUGGAUUUCAUGAAGGUCCUCGUUGAUGCGUAUUUCGAGAAGCUAAAUCUGUACAUCCCGUUGCUCCACCGCCCAACAUUCGACAGACAGCUGAGGGAGGGCCUGCAUCUAGCGGACGAGGGGUUCGGCUCGGUCGUACUACUCGUAUGCGCCAACGGCGCACGGAUGUCGGAGGACCCGCGCGGCGCUGACUACGGCCCGCCCGGACGGCUUGGUUGGAACUGGUUCCUGCAAGUGGAGAAUGCGCGGAAGUCUAUCUUUGCCCCGCCGCAGCUGACCGACUUGCAGAAAUGCGUGCUCAUGGCCACGUAUCUAGGAGGCUACAGCUCGCCACACAAUUGCUGGACGCUCAUCGGCAUCGGCAUGCGUACCGCCCAGGACCUCGGCGUGCACAGAAGGAAGACAUACGCUUCCAUGCCCGGGCCCCAGGGCGAGCUGUUCAGACGGGCGUUUUGGUGCCUUCUGAUGCUCGACCGGAUACUUAGUUUCAGUCUUGGGCGCCCGUGCGCGCUACAGGACGAAGAUUUCGACACCGACCCACUUAUCGAGUGCGAUGAUGAGUAUUGGGACACAGGCGACCCGGAGACGGACUUCAAACAACCCGCCGAGAGACCAUCCAAAUUGUCUUUCAUGAAUGCCAUCAAUAGGCUUUUGCAGAUCAUGGCUUUCGCCCUGCGAACACUGUACUCGAUCAACAAGUCCAAGAUGCUUCUAGGAUUCGUCGGCCACGAAUGGGAAGAACGUAUCGUCGCGGAGCUCGACUCGCUCCUCAACAAAUGGAUUGACACCCUCCCGGAUCAUCUGCGGUGGGAUCCCCAUCGGGAGGACCUCGUCUUCCUCAACCAGUCGUCCGUCCUAUAUAUGAAGUACUACCAGCUGCAAAUCUUCGUUCACCGUCCCUUCCUGCCGCCCUCGCGCAAGUCGUCCACACUGACGCUCCCCUCGCUUGCGAUUUGCACAAACGCUGCGCGGUCGUGUAUCCACGUGGGCGAUGUCCAAUGUCGGCGGAACGGCACUCCGCUUGCGUUCAGCCGUAUGCCCUUGUUUACUGCGGGAAUCGUGCUCAUAAUCAAUAUGUGGGGCGGGAAGCGGGCGGGACUCGCGAAUGGCUCUGCGGCGGAAGAUGUGCAGAAGUGCAUGGCGAUGCUGAAGAUGCUCGAGUCUCAGUCGCGUGCAGCAGGCAGGCUAUGGGAUGUGCUUAAAAGCCUAUACGCCGCUGGCGAGUUCAAGGGGCCGGAAGACCCUACUCCAAACCGCAAGAGGCCACGCGAUAGCAAUCAGCCCGAACAGGAGUUCUCUACGCAGCGGAGUUCUAGUGCAAGCGAGAAGUCUCCCGAAUCGCAGCCCACAGCGUCCAAACGGGCCUCGUACUCCUCGAUCCACCACCAUAAUCGGUCGCAAGGUGUGCCACCUCCAAGCGCGCCCUCCGCAGAUAGUCCCUGGGGUGGAUCGCAGGUGGGAUGGUCUGGGCUCAGCUCGGACACAAGCUCGAGCUCGCCCGCGUCUUUCGAACUUCCAGUGCGCACGGUGGAUCUCGAGCGGAUGCCAUUCGGAACUGGCUUCAGUCCCUUCUUCGACGCUCGGUUCGCGCGAUCGCAGCAAACCGAGACUCCCGGUGCUUCUCAGUCCGUCUCGAACGGCAUGGCGGCGCCCGAAUUCGCGCAGUUCGCGAGCCCCGCAGACUUCCCCUUUGCGGUCGCGCAGCCGCCUCCUCCGACCAUGGCGCCGCCUGCGAACGGGAACCAAUCCACAUCCGGGCUUGUGGCCUUCUUCGAUCCCUUUGGGUCUAUACAAUUUGACGAGCCACCCGCCGUUAUGUCGCAAGACCCGGCCGCCUUCCAGCUCUCUCCGCUACAGCAGCAGCCGCAAACGCAGCGGACCCAAUAUCACAUAUCCACUUUGUCGACGAUGGACCCACCGGACGAGGAGUCCAACAACGGUAACGCUCCGUCGUUCCCGUCGUUCUCGGAAGACGACCUCGCGCUCGCGGACAGUACGCUCGACAUGUGGUCGUCCGCGCCCACCAAUCUAGACUGGGCGGACUGGGAUAUGUUCGUGAACAGCGUGAGCGGCGGCGGUGCGCCGCUGGAGUGGCCGGUCAGCGAGCCUGCGGUGUUUUAAGUGAGGGUGCUGAUGCAUUCAUGUGGGUGUCGGCGGCUUCGCUAUGUGUACACUAUAUACUACUGACUUCCCUGGAUCACUAGAGAAGGGCCUUCUUGCACUCUCUGUUAAUGUAUGAUUAUUUU